AGCCUUCAGGCACCGAGCCCGGCGGGGAGUCUGACCCUUGUGCUCAGGGCUGUGCACAGUGGCUGGGCAUGAUGCUCCCUCCUGUCCUGCUGCUCUUUCUGCUGUCCUCCGUGCGAGGCACUGAGCAGCCGCAGGUCGGCACCGAGCAUCCCAGCAUGGAGGCAUCCCUGCCGGGUCCCAAUGCCUCACACUUCUGGACCAACUACACUUUCUCCGACUGGCAAAACUUCGUGGGCAGGAGACGCUACGGGGCCGAGUCUCAGAACCCCACGGUGAAAGCCUUGCUCAUCGUGGCCUACUCCUUCAUCAUCGUCUUCUCGCUCUUUGGCAAUGUUCUAGUCUGUCAUGUCAUCUUCAAGAACCAGCGCAUGCACUCUGCCACCAGCCUCUUCAUCGUCAACCUGGCAGUGGCAGACAUCAUGAUCACGUUGCUCAACACACCAUUCACUUUGGUCCGCUUUGUGAACAGCACAUGGGUGUUUGGAAAGGGAAUGUGCCAUGUCAGCCGCUUUGCCCAGUACUGUUCUCUGCAUGUGUCAGCUCUGACACUGACAGCCAUUGCCGUAGACCGUCACCAGGUCAUCAUGCAUCCCCUGAAGCCUCGGAUCUCCAUCACCAAGGGUGUCAUCUAUAUCGCUGUCAUCUGGGUCAUGGCCACCUUCUUCUCGCUGCCGCAUGCCAUCUGCCAGAAACUGUUUACCUUCAAGUACAGCGAGGACGUUGUGCGUUCCCUGUGUCUGCCGGACUUCCCAGAGCCGGCCGACCUCUUCUGGAAGUACUUGGACCUGGCCACCUUCAUCCUGCUCUACCUGCUUCCCCUCUCCAUCAUCUCGGUGGCCUACGCCCGCGUGGCCAAGAAGCUGUGGCUGUGCAACACCAUUGGCGACGUGACCACACAGCAGUACCUUGCCCUGCGACGCAAGAAGAAGACCACUGUGAAGAUGCUGGUGCUGGUGGUGGUGCUUUUCGCCCUCUGCUGGUUCCCCCUCAACUGCUACGUCCUGCUCUUGUCCAGCAAGGCCAUCCACACCAACAACGCCCUCUACUUUGCCUUCCACUGGUUUGCCAUGAGCAGUACUUGCUACAACCCCUUCAUCUACUGCUGGCUCAACGAGAACUUUAGAGUUGAGCUAAAGGCGUUACUGAGCGUGUGCCGAAGGGCACCCAAGCCUCAGGAAGACAGGCUGCCCUCCCCAGUUCCUUCCUUCAGGGUGGCGUGGGCAGAGAGGAGCCAGGGUCGGAGGGCUCCGGUAGCAAAUCGCCACCUGCCCUCUUCCCAGAUCCAGUGUGGGAAGACAGAUCUGUCCUCCGUGGGGCCCAUUGUGGUGGUGAGUUAG